CGAAAUAGACGUCGAGAUCUUUCUCUUACGUAUCUCUGUCUUAAUCCGAAAAAAAAAAAUAGAAAAAAGAAAAAUCUCUGAUCUACGAAAAAGAACUCCAAAAAGACAGCUAAAAAUUCGUUGAGGACGUUUUAGACGUUAUCUCAUUCGCAUCGUCGCUUGUUUUUUCUGCUUAAGGUACUCCAAGAUGAGCUUUGUUAUAAACCACUCCGGUAGCUAUGGUACCAACUCUUGCGGAGUUUCAAGCUGCAAGCUUGCCAGCAAAAGCAGCAUUCAUGGUAAAGGCAGAUACAUGGUGCCAAUCAAGAUGCUUAAGAGAGCUCCUGGGGUUGAGAGCGAGGACAGUCUCAAAGAUGAUGUGUUGUUGUCGAAGAAUGUUGGAAGCAGUAGCUUUCAAGCUAAGACAUUUAUAAGUGCCAUAGCUGCGAUGAAUUUGGUUGGAACCAACACGGCAGGGGCUGUAAGUGAAAAGAAUAUAUCGGAAGGAGUCGCUUCUGUUUAUAAUUUGGCUGAUGGAGGUCUUGGAGAUUUGUUUGGAGGUUUCCUAUAUUCAGCUGGACAGCAGGCUAAUGAAGCUGUCCAAGACCAGUUAUCGGCUCUCAGUUUUACUAGUUUGGCAGUUAUCUUUGGGGCUGGGCUUGUGACCAGCCUUUCUCCUUGUACACUAAGUGUCUUGCCACUGACUCUAGGUUACAUUGGAGCAUUUGGUUCUGGGAAAAGUAGAGCGGAGGUCAUUGGGGAUUCAAUUGCAUUUGCAUUGGGAUUGGCAACUACACUAGCGGUCCUAGGCAUAGCUGCCUCAUUUGCUGGAAAGGCAUAUGGACAGAUAGGGCAGGGAUUACCUGUGGCUGCUUCUGGGUUAGCUGUUCUUAUGGGUCUAAAUCUCCUUGAGAUAAUUGAAUUACAACUCCCUUCAUUUUUUGACAAUUUUGAUCCCCGUGCUGCGGCUGCUAACUUCCCUUCAAGCGUGCAAGCAUAUCUAGCCGGGCUUACGUUUGCUUUAGCUGCCUCACCUUGCAGCACACCUGUAUUAGCCACUCUGCUAGGAUAUGUAGCUACAUCCAAGGAUCCAGUUAUAGGGGGCAGCCUACUGUUGACAUACACAACUGGCUAUGUUGCUCCUCUACUUCUUGCUGCUUCUUUCGCUGGAGCAUUGCAGAUAUCAUGCCCAACUGCACAUGCCACGGUCUGGCCCCAAAUCAUGGUGACUUGCAUUUGUGUCACGGUUUGCAAAUUUAUGAAGUGUACACUCUGGAAAUUCUGGCAACUGGCUCAAACCAUAGUUACAACAGAUUGCUGCUCUCUACUUCAUUUUUUGGAUUAUUAAAGUCGACAAAACAUAUUGCAUUCUGCUCGAAAAUUUUCGCAACAAAUAUUAAUGCUUAGAU